AUGCCACCCAAGGUAGAUCGAACUCACAGGAAGAAGGAUGUGCAUGAUAUUUCAAGUAACCCCAAGGCGACCCAAAGUGCUUCUACUCAGUUGUCUGGAACGCCAUCGCUUGACACGGAUUACGCCAUGCUUUCAGCAAGUCAGCUUCUUAAAGCUGUUCUCGAGCGUAACACCGAUCCCGUAAUCGAAAAGAUGCUCCUUGCUUUGGCGGAGAAGAUUCCGAAAGAGAUGUCAGAGCUUAUGGAAGCGGAUAAACGCUCCAGAAGUAUCGUACUGAGCGGACUCGAAGAAGCUCCCUCACAUUCACUGCCGUCCGAGAAGCAGAGAGAUCUCGAGGCGAAGGUUUCCGAUGUGUUGGACGUUCUGAAUGUGGAAUGCCGCCCUGUUGAAGUCUAUAGGAUGGGGAAAGAGGACCGUUCUCGUCCCAGACUUGUAAAAGUCCUCCUACCUUCCCGAUUUCAUUGGCGCACUGCAUUAGCUAAUGCAAGAAAUUUGAAAUCAAGUGGGUUCGCGAACAUUUUUGUCAGAAGGAGUAUGACCCCUGAUGAGAGGAAACUUGAGUAUGAACUUCGACAGCAGGCCAGGGAGCGCAACAGAGGUAAGUCUAUUCGCGAAUGGGUGGUUUAUAAAGGAGAGCUCAGACGUGCCGCAGAACUGUCGCAGAGAUCCUCGGGAAACGCCUGA